GGCAACUUACCAGAAUUUAGCAAGCAAAACCGAGCCUAGCAGGGGGGAAAAAGCCGGCGGCAAGGAAGAAGAAAUUGUGCAGGGGAACUCGCGGGCUACCCAAUCCAAAAACCAAAACACAAUUCAAGGCAAACCCAAGCCUAAAUCAAGAGAGAAAAGGGGGAUUCAAGGCUGUUCUUAUCGAAAAAUGCCCAGAAAUUUCAAACCCACAAGUUAAAGCCGACGGACAGCAAAGGGAGGAAGACGCAGAUCUGGGAUUUUCUGGGUUCAACAGGUGUUCUAAGACAAGAAAAUAGGGAGAAAUCCCCAAGCUUUGCCGGAUUUCCGGCCGGAAAAUGGGUGGCGGUAGUUGGGGGGGCUUCUCGGGUGCAGAGGGUCGAGGGGCAGAGCAUCGGGGAGAAGAAGAAGAUGAGGAUGAGCAAAACACGUGGCUGAGGAGAGAAAUAUCAGCCUUGAUCCUUAUCCUAAUUUCCUUUCUUUUAAAUGAGACAUUGAUAAUAAAGUUGAAACCGGGAUGGAAGAAAGGUACAAAGGUUACCUUUGAAGGGAAGGGCGAUGAGAAACCAAGAUACCUCCCUGCAGAUAUCAUCUUUGUCAUAGAAGAACAGAGGCAUCCUCUGUUCCAGAGAAAAGCUGAUGAUUUGAAGAUUGCGGUGGAGAUCCCUUUAGUCAUGGCUCUCACAGGCUGCUCACUGUCAGUUCCUCUGUUGGGAGGAAAAAAGAUGAGCUUGUCCAUAGAAGACAUCAUUUAUCCAGGAUACGAGAAGGUCAUCCAAGGCCAAGGCAUGACCAAUGCCAAAGGGAGAAGAGGUGACCUGAGAGCUACUUUUCUUGUCCAAUUUCCAGCAGAGUUGACUGAUCAGCAGCGUUCUGAAGUUUAUACUAUCUUGCUGGAUUGUACUUAUGAUUAGCACAAGCAUUUAUAGUCACUAACAUUACAAGAGUUAGAUAUCUUUCAUACAAUUCAAUUUAAACUGUUUUUAUUAUAUGUUUUGAUUCUUUAGAAGAUGAAUGAGGCUUUUUUGUAGAAAUGACAAAACAUCGAGUGCACUAGAAGCUCAUUCUUGCAUCUACGUGACCACUGUGAGUCAAGGGCUGGAGCUCUUAGGUGGAGGGCAUUGCCUAGAAAGAAAAGGAACUUCCACAACUGUACCAACUACCUCGUCUCCAACAAUCACAGCGUCUUUCGGAAGCUGCUUUUCUUUUGAUGUAGCCCAAACCAAAAUGAUCAGAUUCCUUCCCUCUAGUUGUAUAGCUGG